AUGCAUUUAACUGAAAAAGAGCCUUUCUUCCCUGUUUUAUUAGAAAAUAGAAACAUGUUUCGUAAUUUUAAGAGAAGGUAUAAUUCAACCUAACCAAUGGAACGAAAAAUGGAAAAAUCAAUGGAUUCUUUCUAAUAAAAAGCUUUUCUUGUAUAAAAGAAAGAAUUGCAACUUCGAACACUUGAACCUAAAAAAUAAUAUGUAGUAAAACCACCAAAAACAACUAUCUAUUAAGAAAACAUUCCUUAAAUACUUAAUUUUGAUAAAAUGCUAUGUUCAUUUAUGUAGUUAAAUAACCAAGAAAAAAAUUAGAAAAAUAUAAAAAAAAAAUGUCUUAAAAUUAUUACAUAACAUCACGAAUUAGAUAUUCUUGAAGAAGAACAUAAAUGUAUGAGAAUAUUUAAAUUAUAGCUCUUUAAAGUCGUUUCUUUACAGAAGUUUAAUCUUAUCUGAAUUAAUGUCAUAGAUUCUGA